CAAUUACAACAAUUUUAUAAUAAAUUUAAUUUGAUGCAACAUUUGGAUGGUGGACAACAGCAGCAACAACAACAAUCAACUUUAUCAUCAUCAAAAUUGAAUCCAUUUGCCGAAUCAAUGUUGUUGUUACAACAACAUCAUCAACAACAACAACAAUUGGAAAAAUUUCAUAAAUCUAGUCUAUUGUCAGCCGCGAAUUCAGUUCAUAAAAGUAAUAAUGAUGAUGAUGAUUUAACAUCGAACGGUAAUAAUAAUGAUAAUUUAUCAUCGACAACAUCGAUGUCAAUGGUAAAUAAUAAAUCAGAGAUUAAAAUUGACAAUAUAACCUAUGUAAAAGAUUUAUUCCGUAACAAAGUGAUCAAUGCAAAAUCAUCAUCCAGACGACCAUUAAGUUCAUGGAAACAAUCAAUUAAUGCAUGUGGUCCUGGACCAGCACCAUGGAUCGAAAAAAGUACAUUACAUUCAUUGGGUAUUCAAGGUGAAUUGAUCAAUAAAUCCUGUCCAAUCGAUUAUACACAUUACGUUAAACGAUAUGCAAAUGCAAAUGAAUGUUGUAAUAAAUUAUGUAAAGAAUUAUCAUAUCGUGAACAUUUUCAUUGUAAUGCAUUAUCAUGUAAUUCACGUGUUUUUAUGAAAAAAGAAGAAAUGAUUAGACAUUUUAAAUGGCAUAAAAAACGUGAUGAAUCAUUAACACAAGGAUUUUUACGUUGUUCACCGGGUGAUAAUUGUAUUGAACGUUUUAAAAAUUGUCCACAUCAUCGUAAACAAACACAUUAUCAUUGUUUAAAACGUGGUUGUGAUAAAGUUUAUAUUAGUACAUCCGAUGUACAGAUGCAUGCAAAUUAUCAUCGUAAAGAUACAGCUAUUAUACAGGAAGGUUUUCAACGUUUUCGUGCAACUGAAAAUUGUCUAUUAGAAUGUUGUGCAUUUUUCGGUCAAAAAACAACACAUUUUCAUUGUCGUCGUGAUAAUUGUUUGCAUACAUUUAAAAAUAAAGCUGAUAUGGAAAAACACAAAUCAUAUCAUGUACGUGAUGAACAAUUAGCUCGUGAUGGUUUUAAAAAAUUUUUAAAACAUGAAACAUGUCCAUUUGAUGAUUGUCGUUCAUCACGUGUCUGUAAUCAUAUUCAUUGUGUUCGUUCGGGAUGUACACAUAUAUUACAUUCAACUGGACAAUUAUAUCCACAUAAACGUAAACAUGAUCGUUGUGAAAAAGAAUUAGCAUAUCGUAAAUAUUUACUUGCACAAUCAAUACAUCGUACAAAUCAAUUUACUCAAAAUAAUAAUAACAAUAAAGAAACAACAAAUGGUUGUGAUACAAUACAAAAUAGUGUUAUACAGAAUCGUCUGUCAACAUUAUAUGGUAUCGAUCUGGAUAUUAACCUAGUUUUGAACAAUCAUUAUUGA